AUGACCACUCCUCCUCCAGCCUGGUCCUGGGCCCGCAGCAUCAGCAUCUCCCCCCUCCCCCUCGCUCUGCUCCUGUACCAUAACAGAUGCCCGCAGCUGCGACAGGCUGUGAGUGCCGUGGUGACUGAUUUCACGCGGUACCACGAGCACGGCCACGGAGACCAGAACUGCUUCUGCUUCUUGCGUCUGUUUGGGCUCUCCAUCGAGUGGGGAAGGAAGAUGGCCGCUAUGAAAAUGUUAACCAGCGCGGGGCUCUUCUUGGCUAUGUGCGCGCUCGGGUUGCUCGCGAUGGCCAUCUGCACCGACUAUUGGUACGAGACAGACGCCAGGCGACACCGGGAGAGAUGUAAGAACUAUGCCAACAAGCGAUACGACCCGGGAUACAUCUACAUAUCCAACCCCAACCUCCCCCUCAAGAUGCCCCCAAAGAGCGCGCUGGAGAGGACAGCCAAAGGCCCAGAUGUGGCUCCUCUCCGCAGGGUUAAGCGGCACUUUGUCCCAGCGGCAUCCGCCAUGGAGUCGCACUGCAGCCGUCAGUUCAACUCCACCAUCUCCGGGCUGUGGAGAAAGUGUCACCGGGAAGGCUUCGACCUGGAGACUGAAGACCUCAUCUACAAAGGAAUCAUUCAAAGAUGCACGCCAGUCAAAUAUCACUACACUUCGUCCAUCCUCCCAAGAAAUUUACCUGUGAACAUCACCAAGACCAUUCGGCAGGACGAGUGGCACGCACUCCACCUGAGGAGGAUGACCGCGGGCUUCGUGGGCAUGGCUGUGUCCAUCAUCCUGUUCGGGUGGAUCAUUGGCGUGCUGGGCUGCUGCCAACAGCAUGACCUCAUGCAAUAUGUAGCUGGGCUACUCUUUCUCAUGGGAGGAACAUGCUGUAUCAUCUCCCUCUGCACUUGCGUGGCAGGAAUCAACUUUGAGCUGUCGCGCUAUCCCCGCUACAUGUAUGGCCUUCCCGAGGAUAUUAGCCAUGGCUAUGGCUGGUCCAUGUUUUGUGCCUGGGGAGGUCUGGGGCUCACGUUGCUAGCUGGUUUCCUCUGUACCUUGGCCCCCUCCCUAAGCACGCCUACUCGCACAACACCCCAUAAGCCAAGGCAGGAGAAUGGUACCGUGUGA